UGUUUUUUUUUUUAUUUUUGCUGAAUCAUGGCAGGAGCUGGGGAGAAGAAAGGCAAGAAGGACGACAAUGGCAUUGGAACUGCCAUUGAUUUUGUGUUAUCCAAUGCACGUUUGGUACUUGGUGUGGGGGGAGCUGCCAUGCUGGGAAUAGCUACACUGGCUGUUAAACGGAUGUAUGAUCGAGCAAUCAGUGCGCCUGCCAGUCCUUCACGUUCCAGUCAGUCUGGGAAACGGAGCUGGGAGGAACCAAGCUGGCUUGGAUCUUCUACAAGGCUUUUGAACAAAGACAUGAAGACAAAUGUGAGUCGUAGCCUGCAGACUCUCCCCACAGACCCUUCAGUAUUUGAAUCAGAACCUGUUCAUCCCAAACCACCAGCUCGGAAAUCACAAGCAGACCUGAAGAAGACUCGUUUGAAGUUCUCACUCCAGGAGAAGCUCUUCACUUACUACAAAAAGCAUGUAGCCAUCCCACCAACAGAGCAGAGUUGUGCCAAGCAGGCUGCUAUUGAUAUAUGUGCUGAACUGCACAACUUUAUUCGCAGCAAGUUCCCAAAUAUGCCUCUUCGAGACAUGCACCUGAGUGGGAGCCUCUAUGAUGACUUGCAGGUGGUAAGGGCUGAUCACAUUCAGCUCAUGGUUCCACUUUCUGUGGAAAAGAAUCUGUGGUCAUGUGUUCCUGGUGAAGAAACUAUCCUUAACCUACCAGGAUUCUGUCUUCUACGUCGUGAAAACCUUGAGUACUUCCCUAGGGGGACAAGCUACUGGGAUCGCUGUGUAGUGGGUGGGUACCUUUGCCCAAAGGCUGUGGUAGCCACUUUUGAGAAAGUUGUGGCUGGCUCUAUCAACUGGCCAGCUAUUGGUAGUAUGUUAGGUUAUGUAAUUAGACCUGUGGUGCCAUCUGAUAGCCUCAUCUUGGAAGUUCAGUAUGAAGAAAACCAAAGGCUCUUCAUUGAUUUUCUGCCAUUGGUGGCACUUGAAGAUAGAACAGCAGUAGCCAAAUCUCACAGACUGCCUCGUUAUGGGAACAUGUGGCGCCUCAGUCAACGUGCAGCAGAAACUGCUGCCCUGAUAGGAAAAGAUCAGCAAGACGGGGGUUGUCGAAGUCUCUGCCUAAAGAUCCUUAAAGCAAUUUGCCGCUACAAUCUGCCUAUCACUCACCUUACAGCCUCCCAUCUAACUAAUAUUAUCCUCCACAUCUGUGAAAAGGAGUCAGACUGGUCACAGGGUGCCUUGGCUGACCGAUUCCUUCAUGCACUUAAGGAGACUGUAAGCUACUUGGAGAGGGGGGACUUGCCCUCAGCUGUAGACCCUAAAGUGAACUUAUUUUCUGAACUCACAGCAGAAGAGGUGGAUGAGAUGGGGUAUUUUCUCUAUUGUUCCUUGACAGAGCCAGAGGUGCUACUGAGGACAGGGGACUAAUUGUGGUGGGAUAUAGACAUAUACAGUAGUAUAAGACACUGUUCUUUUCUGUGGGACCUGCAUCUUAACCUGAUUUGUAUCGAUGAAAUGCAAUUAUUUUUUUCUCAAAUUACUUGAACAAUGUGUAUUUUCUUUUUGUUUUAAUCUUUUAGUAGCUUCUUUAAUAAGAUUCCUCAACUAUCCGAAGAAAGACACCUUCUAUGGUAUAGACCAGACAUAGGGUAAAUUUUGAAAAGUAUUGUAUAGCCAACCUAACUAGAACAAGAUGCAUUUAAAUGAUUUCAACAACUUAUGGAACCUGUCCGUUCACCGUUUUACACUAAUCAUGAGAUGUGCAAGUUUAGGAUAUGUACUUGGAAUAUAUAUCUAUAGUAAUUAUAGACAUCUAUCUUAAAUCUGUUUGUCUUGUACCAUGGUAUUUUCUGUUACAGUACGUCUGUCGUAAAAAAUUACUUGGUGCUACUUUCAGGGAAUACCAUUUUAUCAAUACACUGCUGUAGUUGCCAUUUUGCUUGCCAAUGCAUUAAUGAAAGGUAUUCUUCAUGGGCUAUUCUGUAUGUUGUUUGGCUGUCAAAAUUUGUCUCUUUCAGUUGGAUUUAA